AUUGCCCCAAUUGCAGUGAACAUCUUUGCAGACGCGAGAACAACGUCAUAUCUGGAAGGCACGUCGUCGAUUUGCGGUAGCAACCUCAAUGUUUCUACACAGGCUCACCGUAGGUAAAUGAACUCUUUGAGUCUACGCCAGUGGGCAAUCGCUGCGUUACUGACACCUCGGUGUGAUUUUUCUUCUAUCCUCUACAGCUUCGUUAUACUCAGUAGAGCAUCUCUGAUAGCAGCGGAUGUCUUGCUCCUUCUGGUCACUUGGUGGCAGCUAUGCGGAACUCUCGGAUCAUCGGGACAAAGGCGGAAUCGGUCUGCUCUUGCAGUGCUCUUGCUGAGGGACAGCACUUCGUAUUUCAUACUGUUUCUUCUGCUUAAUGUCGCACAGGUUAUGGGAGAACUGAUGCUCGGUGCCGCGUUCGACCCGGUCCCUAAUCUCAUGCUCCCCAUAGUGACCAUCGUGAUCUCCAGGCUGAUCCUCAGUCUACGUCGGCUUUCAUUCACUAUGCAGCUACCGAUGCACGUUCGGAAUGCUACCGACACGUCGGCGACGGAAAUACAAGAAUCUUUCCACCGAUCCUUCUUAUCAACUGUGGUCUUUCGUCCAGACCCUUCCCCGCGCGGUCUCAGCAACCAUAGUCAGAUCCAGGCAGAACCUCCGGAACUGCCAGAACUGCCACGAGAACUGAUGGAAUUUCGACUAGAACCUUGGCUAGUAGAUAGUCAAUCCAUCCGCGCGCCGGACGACGUACUGGACGACGAUGCAGAUAUGGACGAGUGUGGAAAGGUGGAUGAGGAAUGACCUCGGUUGCCCGGGUCCAGGGGACCCAAGCAGUACUCUGAAUAACUUAUCAUAGUUGUAUGAUUUAAUCAUGUAUAACAGCCUGGUCAAGUAUCUUGUAUCAAUCGGUAGUUCCAGCGCGCAGGGAACUCGAUAC